UUUUGGAUUUUUUUCCCUUAAUAAUAAAAGUCUUCAUUUAAAAACUGCAUUUGUAUAUGAAAAAUACGUCUAAUACAGCAAUUAGUGGAUUUAUCACUUAGUAAAGAGCACACAUUACCAAUAUAUUAUACAUGUUAUCAGGAAUCAACCUUGGAGCGAUACAGUUUCUACCUUUAGGGAAACGGACCGGCACCGGUCCACCCGCAGCAUCCGAGUGACGUCAUAAGCAGGCGCCGCUUAUUUACCUCCGGUCCAGUUGUCGCUGCUGCUGCUGCUGCAAUGGAAGUAAACAGGGACGAGGCGGAGCGCUGCAUCGACAUUGCGACUGCGGCGUUUAAAACCCACGAGCUGGAGAAGGCGCAGCGGUUCCUGGAAAAGGCGCAGAGGCUCUUCCCGACAGAAAAAGCCAAGGUUUUGCUGGACCUGAUUGCGAAGAAUGGAUUUACACCCAGGCGAGGUGGCCGCUCAGACUUCGGCGGGGAGUCGGGGCCUCGGCAUCGGCAAAGCACCGGAGGCGAUACCAGACCUGAGGAAAAGCCUUCAGACGCCCCCAAGUCCUACACAGCAGAUCAGCUAGAAGCCGUGAGAAGGGUAAAACAAUGUAAAGACUUCUAUGAAAUCCUCGGGGUCCAGAAAGAUGCCUCGGAGGACGAACUCAAAAGAUCGUACAGAAAACUCGCUCUUAAAUUCCACCCGGACAAGAAUCGCGCUCCAGGGGCGACGGAGGCGUUUAAAGCUAUCGGUAAUGCCUAUGCCGUUCUGAGCAAUGUCAACAAAAGGAGACAGUACGAUCAGUGCGGAGAAGAGAGAAGGCAUCCUUCGGGGCACGGCGCAGACGAUGGAAACUUCGAACCAGAUAUUUCACCUGAGGACCUCUUCAAUAUGUUCUUUGGAGGAGGUUACCCUUCAAGUAACGCUCACGUGUACGCUAAUGGUCGGAUGCGUUAUCCAAGGCGGGAGAGGAGAGAGCGACAGCGGGAUGGAGGUCUUGCUCUCUUUGUGCAAGUCAUGCCCAUCCUCAUCCUGGUUAUUGUUUCAGCUCUCAGUCAGAUAAUGGUCAACAGCCCCUCCUACAGCCUCAGCUUCAGGCCGUCGGCGGGUUACUCGCAGAAGAGGCUGACCGAGAACCUAAAGGUGCCAUAUUAUGUCGGGGAGCACUUCUCCAAAGACUUCAGCGGCGUGAAUCUGAAAAACCUGGAGCGGUCAGUGGAGGAUGAUUACAUUUCCAACCUUCGCAACAAUUGCUGGAAGGAAAAACAGCAAAAGGAAGGAAUGCUAUACAGAGCUCGCUAUUUCGGAGACACUGAUCUGUACCAGAGAGCGCAGAGGGCUCGAACGCCGAGCUGCGCCAAGCUGUCCGAGAUCACCGCUUCAUUACACGGUUGAGGACGAGAUCGAAGGUUCCCAGAGUCACCCGCAAAAAAAUAAAACAUAAAAAAAAAAAAAAAAAA